AUGUCUAUCAUCGCGCCGAAGUCUCGUAUUGACGCAGGCGAGGCCGAGAAGAGUCACACCUACGAUGGCUCGGGCACCGUGGAUGAUCCAUUCGUGGUGGAGUUCCAAAAAGACGACCCCAGCAAUCCGAUGAACUGGGGUGAGGUCCGCAAAUGGUUCAUUGCAGCGAUUGCGACUUUCUCAGUCUUCGCAGUGACCGUCACUUCCUCUGCGUACUCGGCGUCGGCAAAUGAAGUCUUCCAGGACUUCGACAUCAGCACCGAGGUCUUCACUGUCGGGCUUUCUCUUUUUGUGCUCGGGUUUGCAAUUGGCCCUGCUGUAUGGGGUCCCUUGAUUCUCUGGAUCAUGUCCCACAUUGCUAUGGUCGCUUUUCUCGGAGGAUCCGCAGGCAGCCAAAACGUGGCCACCCUCCUCAUCCUCAGAUUCUUUGCCGGUACAUUUGGUGGCUCGCCAAUUGUUAACUCUGGCGGAACAAUUGCCGAUCUCUUUCCGCCUGCUCAGCGUGGCUUGGCAUUGACUAUCUAUUGUGUUGCGCCCUUCCUUGGCCCUAUUUUGGGCCCAAUCGUGGGUGGCUUCGUAUCUGAGGACAUUGGAUGGAGAUGGGUCCAAGGGGUCUGCGUAAUCUUUAUUGGCGUAAUUGGAAUUGUGGGUACCAUUUUCAUUCCUGAGACAUAUGGCCCGGUGCUGCUUCAACGUCGGGCACAUCAACUGGCUAAGGCCGACGGCAAGGUCUACGUUAGCGUUUUGGAAAGAAACCAAGGGAAGAAGAAGCCGUCAGAGGUCUUCAAGCGUGCUUUGUUCCGUCCCUGGGUGUUCCUCUUCCUCGAGCCCAUCGUCUUAGUGGCAUCACUAUAUAUGGCUAUCAUCUACGGCACGGUCUACAUGUUCAUGGGCGCUAUGCCCAUAGUGUACAACGAAGACCGUGGUUGGAGCGAAGGUAUCGGCGGACUGUCGUUCUUGGGAAUUGCCGUUGGAAUUAUCUUUGGACUGAUAUACGCCAUUUGGGACAACAAUAGCCGAUACAUGAAGCUGUUCGUGGCAAAAUCUGCAACGGCCGAGUCUCGACUGCCACCUGCGAUUGUUGGAGGUAUUGCCCUCCCUAUCGGCAUGUUCGCCUUUGCCUGGACCAGUUACCCCAGCAUCCACUGGUCUAUCAGUAUUAUCCUGUCUACACCGUUUGGACUUGGCUGUGUACUCGUCAUACUGCCUAUCAUGAACUACUUGAUUGACUCUUACACAAUCUAUGCGGCCUCGGUCCUGGCUGCAGCUGCCAUUUUCCGCUCAGUCGUGGGCGCUGCAUUUCCCCUAUUUACGACGCAGAUGUAUCACAAUUUGGGAAUUCACUGGGCGUCCUCCAUCCCGGCAUUCAUGACUCUCGUGUGCAUGCCCUUUCCGUUGAUUAUGUACCGAUAUGGUGCAGUGGUCCGAAUGAAGUGCAAGUACUCUUUCGAAGCAGCAGAGAUGAUCAGGAAAAUGCAAAUGCAGCAAGUAGCUGCUAAUGCAGAGACGGACAGCGACUUGGCGCCUGAGUGA